CCUGCCAGGAUUUUAUUGAGGCACUCGCUGUGCUGUGUUACAGCAGCCAGAGCAUGAGAAUAGGUGCAGGUCCUGCGCUGCGUACUCUCUUCCAAGAGUGAAAACUGAGAUGUUGUAGAUUGGUAGUCUAAUAAAUAUUACAAGGAAAUGUUGCUUUCUAAUGUAUAGAGCUGAUGACAAGCACUGCCAGCUGAGAAGCAGAGAAGAAAAAAAAAAGAAAGAUCAACCUGGGCAUGAAUGGAAUGAGAAAGCUGUCCAAAUAAGAAUGUACUGCUGAUGGCAGAGGAUUAUUGUGAAAUAAGACAAAAAAUAAGAAGCUGAAGUGCCACUUUUCUUAACAGCCUGCAGAGAUCAAGAGAUGCACAUCAGCUUUUAAACAAAGACUCUGAAAUACAUGACAGACAUGGAACAAUAAAUACCACGUCAAAAUCAACGGGCAGUCUCAUUUCUUGUCAAUGUGUAGUCUGGAUGAUUCACUGCUGCCUCUGCCCCUCUUGCAGUUCAAGAUUGUAGCUUGCAGGCAUGAAGGAGUGAUUUAGAGGCACCGCACCAUCCUUGGUCCUGGGAAGUAUGAAGAUGACAGCCAGGAGUCAGUCCUGCCCCAUUCCUAUGGAUGGCCAAAUGAACAGAUACCCUGCAGGCUCUUAUCCUUUCCUUUUCCCUUCAGUGAUUAGCAGACUCCCUCUUCCUCCUCUCCACAGGCUGCAGAGCCACCCACCAGCCAGUGGAUGCAGCACCCCAUCUCCUGCCACUAUUGAAACACAGAGCACCAGUUCUGAAGAAUUGGUGCCAAGCCCCCCUUCCCCACUGCCUCCACCCAGAGUUUACAAGCCUUGUUUCGUCUGUCAAGACAAGUCUUCUGGCUACCACUAUGGAGUCAGCGCAUGUGAGGGAUGUAAGGGUUUUUUCCGCAGAAGUAUUCAGAAAAACAUGAUUUAUACGUGUCACAGAGAUAAAAACUGUGUUAUUAACAAGGUCACAAGAAAUCGAUGCCAGUACUGUCGGCUGCAGAGGUGCUUCGAAGCGGGCAUGUCCAAAGAAUCUGUUCGAAAUGACAGGAAUAAAAAGAAGAAAGAGACAGUGAAGCCAGACUGCCCGGAGAGCUAUGAACUGACAGUUGAGUUAGAGAACCUCAUUGAGAAGAUUCGUAAAGCUCAUCAGGAAACAUUCCCUUCCCUCUGCCAGCUGGGCAAAUACACCACAAAUUCAAGUGCAGAUCAUCGUGUACGAUUAGACCUCGGAUUAUGGGACAAAUUCAGUGAAUUGGCCACAAAGUGCAUUAUUAAAAUAGUGGAGUUUGCAAAAAAAGUGCCUGGCUUCACAGGACUGACCAUCGCAGACCAGAUAACUCUACUUAAAGCUGCCUGUCUAGAUAUCCUGAUUCUGAGAAUCUGCACAAGAUACACUCCUGACAAGGACACAAUGACCUUCUCAGACGGCCUUACGCUGAACCGAACACAGAUGCACAACGCAGGAUUCGGCCCUCUCACAGACCUUGUUUUCACGUUUGCCAAUCAGCUCCUGCCUUUAGAGAUGGACGACACAGAGACGGGACUGCUCAGUGCCACCUGUCUCAUUUCUGGAGACCGACAAGAUCUUGAGGAACCAGCAAAAGUUGAUAAGCUGCAGGAACCACUUCUGGAGGCAUUAAAGAUUUAUAUAAGAAAGCGGAGACCUAGUAAACCACACAUGUUUCCAAAGAUUUUAAUGAAAAUUACAGAUCUGCGCAGCAUCAGUGCAAAAGGUGCAGAACGUGUUAUAACACUAAAAUUGGAAAUUCCAGGAUCAAUGCCUCCACUAAUCCAGGAGAUGCUUGAAAACUCAGAAGGACAAGAUGCACAAGGAGCUGAUGAAAAGGAAAGUACAAACAAAACCGAACAGAACCCCAGCUCAUCUCCAAGAUCGGAAGACAGUGACCCCGUCAGUCAGCCUGCAGUGGCACAAUAGAACUAUUAAACAAUUUCAGAUAACCCCUUACAAAAUGCAGGAGGAACAGGCAAAGCGAGAAGCAUUUUCAUAGAUGUUUUGCCUUUGUGUUUUUUUCCUUCUUUUUUUACAACACUAAGGCCUAAAAGGACCAGUUCUUUGCAUACAAUUCUUAUUAAGCUCUUAACUUUUUUGGACUUCAGUCUAUAUGUCUUUGAAUUUUAAAGUUUCAUUGGUAAAAAUACCUAAACUAGUUUUAAAAUAUCAGGGUUACAUUAUUUAAUUUCACAAUUGCAUGGUUCAGAGCUUGGCAAGUGGUUACAUUUUUUACUUGUUGACAUGCAUUGUACAUAUCAUUGUAUGGUUAAAUCUUUGUUACUAUACUGGAUUUGUGGUGCUUUUUCAAUGCCUUAAAUAUGUUUUAAGGCAAGAUAUAAAAUGGGCUUAUUAAAUCCUAAAAACAUAUAGAAUGUUUUGACUUAGGUUAGUAUGGAAGUCUAUUUUACAUUUGUUCAUAUAUUUAAGGUGUAUCUGUUUUGUACUCUUUAUUCCCCCAUUAAACAACAUGACAGAGCCUACAUAAGUGGCAGCAAGUGCCCUACCCUUCAGUAUCAAUAGAAACUACCAGUUCUGUUAAAACAGGUCAAAACAAUUGUCAGUCAUUGUGAGUAAAAGAGUUUUAGAUGUUCAAAGAAAGAAUAUUACACUUAUUUUGCAGUAAAGAUAGCCUCCAAGGCAAAUCACUGUUCAGUGUUACAAUGUUGUUGUUUGCCCGUGUCAUGUUGAGCCAGUUAGAUGAUGUAUUGGCUGACCAUGCAGCACUGUUGUAGAGUUGUGUUCCUAGAUACUCUUAAUUAGGGGUUUUAAUUGAUUAAUCAGUCCUGUGGGCUUUGAUCAAUUAAAAAAAAAAAAUUGAUCGAUUAAUCUUGUCUACCUGAGUGCGCCAAAAUUAUUAUUUUUUUUUAAAUGGCAGAAAGUACUUUGAAAUACAUUCUACUCAACUCCGCCUUUACUUUGUCAUGCGGCACGCAAGGGAUAAUGGGAUAUAAAGAGAGCUCCAGGGCAGCUUUUCUAUUGUCUAUGGAGAGAGAUUGGAUUGGGCUGGCUUUCUCAGUGUCUAAAAUGUUUUAAAACUUUUGAAAGACUGUUUCACUCUUGCCCAGGGUCCAAUGAAAAACCAAAUUAACCUGGUGAAUGAUAAAUUGAUAGGAAAAAUGUACUUUUCUGAAUACAGUCCUUCAUCCGCACCUGCUUAGCUAAGAUCACAUGUUCUGUGAUUGCAGUAUCAUAUUCACCUAUAGCAAAAUACUAUUUACUAGUAGUAUGGUAUAAAGAUUAUAUUUUGCUAUACCAAUGCAAAUUAACUUAGGCUACUAGCAUUCACUAUUUUUAAUAUUACUAUAGUGAAAUACAUAGCUUGAUUGAAACCUGAAUUCACAAUUCUCUUAUUUAAAAACCUCUCCAAUACAGUUCACUUAAAUAAAUAUUUUAACUAAUCAAUUAAUAAGGGUCUUUGUUUUAUUAUUUUACUGGGUUUUUUUGUUUUGUUUUUUUACAGAAAAGUUACAGUAGUAAACCAUCAGCAUGAAAUUUGAAAAAUGGUAAAACAACAAAAUAUAAAAACUGACCAAUAUCAAUAAAUGUAUGUUUUAUAAUUGUAUCUGCUGUUUAUAAUUGCAUCUCUACUUUCUGCCCAUGUGCCAUCUCUGGUACUGCAUUCAGAAAAGUGCAUUUUUCGUUUCAAUCACAGUAUGUCAUCAUUAACAUGCGUUAUGUUUUUCGUCAAGACACCCUGGGCAGUAAAAUCAGUUCAAAGCAUCUCCAUCCAACACCGCUCUAUUGACUCAAUAUAAAAGCUAGUCCCAAGUUCUUUUUAUAUCCCAUAAACCUUUAUAGAGUUGAGUACCUUAGUAAUAUAGAAGAUCUUUGGUACUUUUUAAAUCCUUGGCAAAAGGGCACCUGGAAGGUAUACCAAAUAGUUCACAAUAUCUAAAUGCAGAAAAAAAGACUGCAACUUGCAACAUUUGCACAUUGGUGUUUUCCUUUCACAGCACAACUACAUAGUAGUUGCAAAUAUCUUCAGACUGUCAAACUUGUAAGUAAAUAUAUGUAUAUUAAAUGUUAGCUGGCAUUAUGAAACAUCUGCAGUAAAUAGCAUUAUGUUAAUUUGUAUUUGUCUUUUAAUACAAUUCAUAUCACUAGCAAACAGGUGUUAUUAAUCUAUAGUAGAGCAGAUGAUUUAUCGAUCAGUAGAAAAAGUCAAGAUUAAAACCCCUACUUUUAAAUUAUGUUAGACUUCAGCUAAAACACUAAAGCAGUGGCAAUAAUUACAUUUUCAAGAUUAUUACUUGGAAGUGUCAGAAAAAUAUGCAAGAUAUCCACAGAUUAAUCCCAUCCCUGCAGAUGCAGUGACUGAGCCAAUUCAUUUCAAGCCCCCCUGUUGGGGUAUUCUUUUAUAUUUGCUAUACCUGUAAUGUAUUUUCCCUGGCUCCGUUUGUACAUUAACAAUGCUUUUUAUGCUCAUAUACCGUUUACCUUUACCGUGGAUUCUCCUGGCAAAUUAAUAAAAUAUAUUUAUUUUAAAAAUG